AUGGCUACGAGUAGCAAUCACCGCCAGCGACCUAGUCUCCCUAUGUCAUACUCUCAAGGUAGCGUAGGGUCGACCAAUGGGUUGCCGAUGUCCCAAUCUCAUCUGGGUUCUUUUAACCAUUCACAAUCAGUCGCAUCGACACCUACACCAACACCGCCUGCGCGAGCAUCGCAGCAGUCCGCCAUGUCAUAUAGCUUUCCGAAUGGGGCUCUGCACCCUUCGCACCCUUCGAUGUCAAAUAGCUUCAAUGGAUAUGACCGAACGAAUGGCUUUGGGACAAUGACUCCCCACCAAGAAAACUAUAAACCUCAAAUUUACCGGGCCGUCUAUUCGAAUGUCUCCGUAUAUGAAAUGGAAGUCAACGGUAUCGCUGUAAUGAAACGCCGAUCAGACUCUUGGUUGAAUGCAACUCAGAUUCUGAAAGUGGCCGGUGUCGUCAAGGCUAAAAGAACGAAAACUCUAGAAAAGGAAAUUGCGGCCGGUGAACAUGAAAAGGUCCAGGGCGGCUACGGCAAAUAUCAAGGUACAUGGGUUAGCUACCAACGAGGUGUCGAGUUAUGCCGUGAAUAUCAGGUUGAAGAAGCACUCAGACCUCUGCUCGAGUACGACAUGGACGACGGCAAUUCCCGACGUGCCUCACUGGAAACUCCAACGAAGGAACAGGCCAUGGCCGCCCAGCGAAAACGUCUUUAUAGCGCCGAAACCCGCGGAAUUAGCCAACCAGCACAGGCUACUUUUUUCCAGAAUAUGUCUCGUACUGCGGCCAAUGCCGUCAAUGCUAUUAGCAAAGCUCGUUUUGAAUCUCCCAACAAAAGACGACCUAGCUUAAUGCGUAAUCAAUCACAGCACAUGAGCAGUCAAGAUUCGCUGAACGCGCCUGGUGGUACACAAACAAGCAUGUACAGCGUGCAUUCUGACAGUGGGUUUGCAAGUCAAAACGCUCAUACUGGAAGAAACGAUACCAUGGUUGAUCAGGAAAACACAUUGGAACCUCCACGAAAACGCGUUAGAAGUUCUUCGAAUCAAGCCCUCUCUUUUGGAGCAAACAGUACGAUGUCUGCAUACGAACCUACUCCAACCGAGCCAAACGACUCGUUUUACCAGCAAGCAGAUGACUCCUUGACAACCUACGAUGUCAACGGUAGAGAUCCACUUCCUCCCGCCGUACAUCCAGACCAGUUCCAGAAAAUGAAGCUCAUCAUGACCGUCUUUCUUGACAAACGUAUGAAAGACUUUUCAAAACACCCAGCGCUCGUGGAGCUAUCCGGGGAGGACCUCGAAAUACCCCUGGACGAGUACCAAAAUAGUGCUUUGCACUGGGGGGCAAUGCUGGCCCGUAUUCCUUUACUACAUGCCCUCGUUGGAAAGGGUGUGAAUAUUCAGCGCAUGAAUGCCGCCGGUGAGACCGCGUUGCAAAAGGCUGUUUCCACCCGAAACAAUGUUGACUACCGGUCAUUCCCGCGGUUACUCGAGAUUCUUGGUUCUACUAUUGAUAUGGUUGAUCAUAGUGGUCGCUCAAUUCUCCAUCACAUUGCGCUCAUGGCUGCAACUGGUGGUAGUGGACAAGUAUGCGCCAAGCACUAUCUCGAAGCUCUGUUGGAAUUCAUUGUACAACACGGAGCGAGGUCGCAAGAGAACGAUAAACAAGUGACGAAUGGUGAAAAUGAAUCAUCGCAAGGAGAGAUCAUCAGUCUAGGCAGGUUUGUCUCUGAGUUGGUCAAUUUGCGCGAUGAUCAAGGUGAUACGGCACUCAAUAUAGCUGGUCGGGCACGCUCAAUCCUUGUGCCACAAUUAUUGGAGAUUGGAGCUGAUCCUCAAAUCCCUAAUCAUACCGGCCUCCGUCCUGCAGAUUACGGCGUGGGUGUUGAUAUGGUCAAUGAAAGCUCUCAACCGCAGCAAGACGAGGAGAAGAAAGACACUUUCAUUAAUCAACUGGCUAGAACAAAAAAGGAAAUUCUCGAUGCUACAUUUGCGGAAAUUAGGGCUCUGGUUGAAGAAGAAUUGGGUGAUUUUGACCGCGGUUUAACCUCAGACCUAAGCAAAAAGCAAGCUGAAUUUGAUCACUGGCAUGCAAAGAUCCGUGAAAGCGCGCGUGCCCGACAAAUCGAUCAAAAUGAGCUUAAAAGUCUCAAAAGUAAAGCAUCCGAUUGGUCGAAUUAUCAUCGACGGAUAGAGAAUCUCGAGCGUGAUGUCGAGGAUAUGGUGGCUUCUCUGAAGAAAUACUAUGGCAACGAUUUUGAUGUCUCACAGACAUGUCCCGUGGGCUAUGCGGAUAGUGAUUCAGGCGUUGACAUGAACGAGUUCAGCCAGGUCUUCUCAAACUUUGAUCCCAAUACUGAACUGUCGCUUGAGCAGAAGAAAUUCUUGACGGCUUUGCCAUCUGCAGCUGCUUUGGAAGCUCGUCUCGAAGCAUAUGAAGGCCUAAACAAAGAUAUACACGAUGAAAUCACACUUUUGAAGUCUAAGAACGUGGUCCUUGGUGAGACUUAUCGUCGAGUGGUCAUGGCCUGUACCGGAUUUUCACACGAUCAAGUUGAUGAAGCUGCUGAGGGGUUGACCAAACAUAUCAAGGAUUUGAAUGAAAAUCCAGUGUCGGCAGAUGAGGCGAUCGAGAUUUUGAUGAGAGAUCGUGGUCAGGAUUGGUAAACGCAGGAUUGGCAUUUCGGCAGCCAUUUGACAUUGCAUUUGUUGUGCAAUAGUAUCACGAUGGUCAUCGGCCUAUACAUGCAUUUACUCCCUCCACAUUUAUUGCAUGCUUCUUGGUUUAUGUUGACGGCGGGUAGUUUAUUCGAGUCCGUUCUUGUUCGCAGAUACCCCGCAACAAGUUGAUUAGCACUUCUUCUGCUCUUAUUCUGUGUCAAUUUUGCAUUUUGCAUUUGCACUUUG